AUGCCUUCUCCACGCCGGGUACGCCUAUUGAUCCUGGCGACUAUCGGAACUUUUAUCUUUAUACUCUUCUACACCUCGGGCUUCGACGCGCAUCACGAUGCCGAGACAUACACCGGCCAGGAGUUUAUCAAGAAGACCCAAAAUGCCAUGAGCGCGAACGAAGCGCCUGCGCCUGUCGUCGACUUUGCAACAGGAGAAAAGGCCGGACAACCUCACCACGACAAGGAUGGAGACGGAGAUAUCGACGAAGAUGACAAGGAGCUAGCUUCUCAGAUGCAGGAGCGCCUCAAGGCUGCUGAGGCCGAGGCAAAGGGCAAGGCGAACGAGAAGGGAGGUCUACGGCCCGACCCUCCCAAGAAGGUCGUGGGAGUGGGAAGCUCUGCGGAAGGUCAGAACAAGGACAAGAUCGUCAAGCCGGCCGCUGGGGAACAGGGUGCUGCUGCUGCUGCUGAAAAGAAGCCCGAGACCGAGACAAGGAGCAAGGAGGCCAUUGAGGCUCGCGCAGAGCUCGACUCCAUCCUUAAGAAGUCUCCUGUCAUCAUUUUCUCAAAGACCUACUGUCCCUUCUCGAAGCGUGCCAAGAGCAUAUUGAUUGAAAAGUACAAUAUUACACCCGAACCCUACGUGGUUGAACUUGACACCCAUCUCCAAGGGCAGGCUUUGCAAGACCAGCUGCUUGAGACGACCGGCCGAAGGACCGUGCCCAAUAUUAUGGUCAACGGGGUGAGCCUGGGAGGCGCCGACGAUAUAACCGAGAUGGACGCGGCAGGCAAGCUUGUUGGGAAGAUCGUUGACCUCGGAAACAAGCGUGUCGAGAUGUUGGAACGAACCAAGUAA